AUGCUGUCAACACUUAAUAUAAGCGCGCUCAGCUUCUACCGUGCAGCUCCACAGCAACGCGUGAGUCUGGAAGACUUUGAGAAGUUGGGACAUGAACGCCUGGAGCUGUUGAGUCAGAUACAAACUCGACGGAGUUUGCAUUCACCAUAUCAAGCAGCAGAAUCUUUCGUUGACAUGGCAUUGCAACAACUUUCACCAGAUUCUAACGCCGAUCGACUGUCGCAUUACGUCUUGCGUCUCGCAUUUUGCCGAGUUUCAAGUAAUUGGGACUGGCUCGUGACUGCUGAAGUAAAGCUCUUGGCUGUCCGUCUCGAGGAUCUUCCACCGUAUGCAGCUGUCGCGCUGCUGCUAAGCGAAGGAAUCAAAUACGAGCUACUGAAUGCAGAUGAUCUGAAGCUCGACGUGACACAACACGGUUUUUACCGUGUCCCGUUCACCGAUGCACCUGCCUUGGUGCGGUCCCGUGACGUGGUUAUUGCUGACGGAUUCUGCUUUGUACCUCUCCGCAAGAUGAAAGCCGUAGCUUUACAUCGCUUCCGACGAUCAUUGCAGGACCAAAUGCGCGACUUACAGUGCACCAUACCCGCACAGAACCCAUCAGAACUGGAACGCUUGACACCGAUUCUCGAUGCGCUUGUCGCAAAGGCUCAUGCAUUAAACGGGUCUGCGAGUGCAGUAACAACGAAAUCGGGCACACAAAAGCUCGAAGCGGCGACAAUCGACCAGGCCGCUGACAAGCACUUUCCGUUAUGCAUGAAGCAGCUUCACCGCAAGCUCCGCGAGCAUCAUCAUUUGAAAUACGACGGACGUGUGCAGUACCGGAUGUUCCUCAAAGGCGCGGGAUUCUCGGUUCACGAGUGCAUUCAAUUUUUCCGAAGCGAAUUCGUCAAGAAGAUCGCAGCUGCCAAGUUUGACAAGGAGUAUGCGUACCACAUUCGCCACAGCUAUGGACUGGAAGGAGCUCGAAAAGAUUAUGCGCCUCUGGACUGCGAGCAAAUAAUUGCUGGCAAUGCACCGGGACACGGGCAAUAUCACGGCUGCCCAUUUAAACACUGGAGCCCGUCAGCAUUGCAGACUGAACUGCGUCGCCAGGGGCUUUCGCUCCACACUGCGAUGGAGAUCACGCAUCAAGCAUCCGCAGGUCAUUGUCAACGUGCAUGCCGAGCACUUUUUGAUGAGUUGCACCCGUCAAGUGGUCAGUAUACUACCAAGACUAUGCAAAAGGAUCAUCAUGGUCAAGACGCUAAUACCUCCAGGCUGAACAUCAUGCGGCAUCCGAACGAGUAUCUGGCCGCAAGCAUGGCUACAUAUGUCGGCAACUAG